AUGUGCUUCUACCACGCCUACACCCACCAAUGCGGACACACGCAGAUGGUGUUCCAACAGCUAUGCCCCAAAGGCCAAAUGAUCCAACAAAAAUGCAACCGCGGACACGACGGCGUAAUCCUAGCUACAGUCAAGGUGGAGACAUCUUGUGAGAUGUGUUCAGUCAAGGUCAGACGCUUCUCCCUACACACUCGACAAGAGCUUACUAAUUCUACUGCAGUAACGCAGCUGUAA